GACUCAACGAAUACGGGAGCUUGGGAGCAGCUGGGGGAAACUUCCCUUAGCCUCCCUCUCACCUCUCUUGACUUGAAUGGAGUUUUGAGUAGUCCUUUCUGCUCUCCUCAGCUUUACUGGACAAAGCCCGAAGCCGAAUCCACAACUGGUAACACUGACGCAAUAGUGAUAGACUUGAGAGGAAGAUUUUCAGGGGGCAGAAUGGACACAUUCAGGCAAAGAAAGUGAAAUUGUCCAGACUUCUGACAGACCACAUCGCGCUGAAAUCAGCCACGCUUUGUCAAACUGAGAGAGGCACACGCAUUCAGAACCUUCACUGGCUCCGGUUUCCAGCCUCCGAGGGCUCCAUGCCAGACAGACUGAGCAUGCGGGCCACACUUGCCAUGACAGCCUGGAUGGUUUCCUUAGUUUCCAGCUAUGAAAACACAGCAAUUAGUUUGCCAGGUAUCGAAAAUGAAGAUUUCAUCAAAGACUGUGUUCGAUUUCAUAACAAGUUCCGAUCAGAAGUGAAUCCAACAGCCAGUGAUAUGCUAUACAUGACUUGGGACCCAGCGCUAGCGCGAGUUGCGCAAACAUGGGCAAGAAACUGUCAGUUUGUACACAACGUUCAGCUGCAUUCAAGCUACAAGCUGCAUCCAAAUUUCUCCUCUCUGGGAGAAAACAUCUGGGCUGGGUCUCUAUCCCUGUUUUCUGCAUCUUCAGCCAUCACAAACUGGUACAAUGAAGUUCAGUACUACGACUUCAGGACUCAGAAAUGCACCAAAGUCUGUGGCCAUUACACUCAGGUUGUUUGGGCAGCUAGUUACAAAGUGGGCUGUGCCGUACAGUAUUGUCCCAGCGUUCAUGGCACCAGUAUUUCCCACGGAGCGCUUUUCAUAUGCAACUACGGACCAGGACAAUACAGAAGUUGGCCAUACAGAGAAGGGUCCACCUGCAGUGCCUGCCCCAAUGAUGACAAGUGUUUGGAUAAUCUCUGCAUUAACCCACAACGAGACAAAGUCACACGCUUCACACCCAGCAUGGAGCCCAAUGUGGGGCCUGAACUCAAGACCCUGAGAUCAAGACCUGAGCUGAGAUCAAGAGCUGGACUCUGAAUUAACUGAGCCACCCAGGGGCUCCUAGAUUACUGUUUCUUCAACUUUAGCCAACCUCAGAAUCAUGUGGAGGGAUGAUCCUAUUCCCCCAGUUUAUAGUUCAGUAGGUCUGGGGUAGGGCCCAAGACAACAAAGGAUUAUCCGGCCCCAAAAUGUCAAUAGUGCCAAGGUUGAGAAACCUGGGUCUGCAGACAUUCUUAAUUUCUGUGAUUCUACUUCAAAGGGUUAGUAAGGGCUUUACUUCUAACCAGGCAUGCAAUUAAAGCAAAGUUACUUCUCACAUUUUACCUACCUAGAGUAGAACUUGCCUGCUAUCAAAAGCCAAAGUCUCCAGCUGGCUGUUCAUUAUUAUGCUGGGCUCCUCGGUGAGCAAUCCUGCUCCAUUUCCCUCAACUCUGUCCCUGUCAUUCUGGAAUUCUGUUGUCUCAUUACUCAAACAAACAAUGAUACUGAUACAUACAGUGGAUGCUUGAGGUCUAAAGACACUCAUUACUGCUUGAAUAUUAGUCUCUCUGGGCCCCAGGCCCACAGAACAUUAAUAUUUCAUUGGGCCUCUGCUACUAUUUCCAAGGCAAUCUCCCCUCUUUCUCUUCUUGAUUGUUCUUAUUGAUAAGCAACAGCUUUGAUUUAAUUUUCAGUUAUAAUAUUCUUCUCCCUAAAGGAAAUCUGGAACACAUUUCAUAAUAUGAGGUUCCACCAUAGCAACAGAAGGCUUUUUAAUGCACGCAUGAAUAUUCAAGAUUUAAUCAGUGGCACGUGAAAUGUAUUGAUACUGCUGAGGAUUAUUAUUUUAUGCAAAUAGAACAAACAAAAUACAGUCUUUUAUUUGUUUACAGGACACCGAGGGAAUAUGUGAACUUUUCUAGGAAGCGGAUUUCUAAUCAUUUGUUAAAUCUAUAUGCCUCUCCCAUCCUUCAGAUGGUGGUAACCACAGAUGGCCCCCAAUGAAAGGAACUUUUUAGAAGACGUAUUUCAAGCACUUAAUGGGUUUAUCUUUAAACAAGUCUUUUCAUGAUGUUAACAAGAUGGUGACAUGGCUUCUCCACUAUUUCAAAAUCUCAAAUUAAAGAAGUCAAGCUAUCUGAUACACUUAGAGACAUGGAAAUUCAGAGUUUAACACUGCACUUUUGCUUUUGAUCAUCUAUCAGUGAUUUUAAUAUCUUUUGGUUUACCAGUCCCUUUACUAAUGUGAUGAAAUCAAUGGGCCCUUUCCCCAGAAAAGCGCAUAUAUUUGGGUACCCACAUCAUUUUACCCAAAGUUUGAUGGGAUGUUCAUAUAUCUGUCACACUCUUUCAUAAUACCCCUAGAGGGUCAAGAUAUCAGGUUAGGGACCCUUGCCUUAAAGCAAGGGGAGGAGUGUCUCAGAAGCUUGGAUUUGAUCUUAUGAGCACUCAAGUCCCCCACUCUUAGAGUUCUUCAGGGGAGAUUGAAUUAGAGUUUUAGUAUGUUUUAAUACUUGCAUGUAAGUAUACUUUUCAAGAUUCCUUUUACUGCAAGUCAUAGAAAUUCAAACAUGUGAAAAAGAGGAUUUAUUGUCCUACAUACCUAGAAACUGGACCUAGUACCUUAACAAUGUCAUAGUGACAUUCAUGCUCUUUAUCAUGAUCUCAAGAUCUCUCCCCCUCACCCUGCUCAUUCUGUGUGCGUGUGUGUGUGUGUGUGUGUGUGUGUGUGUCCUUCCAUCUUUUGGCUCUGCUUUUUCUGUGCUGUCUUUAUUCUGAAGCAAAGAUAUCUGUCAGCAGCUCAGAAUGAAACCUCAACAGAAGAAGAGUUUCUUUUUCCCCAACAAUUCCAUCCAAAGUCCCAGGAAGAUUCUCAGUGAGCAGUUCUGGAUCACAUGCUAGAGCCAGAGGUGGGCCACACCCACAUAAACCAUGUGGGCCUGGAAUGGGAAGGAUUGAGUUCUAAGGAGUAGUUGAGAGCUGUGCCACAAGAAGGGGAAUGGAUGUUGGCUGGAGGGACAAAAACACACAAUGUGUACUACAGUAAGUAGAGCGAAUUAUACAGGGGAUUAAUGGAUUUUCAGGUUUUAUCCAUCACCAUCUCUCAUUCCCAUGCCACCAUUCCAUUAAAAGAAGCCACAUACUUGAAGAAUUACUUAGAUCCAGUCUCAAGAUAGAUGGAGGAGUUAUGUACUAACAUUUUAUUUAGUGUAUGAAUGCGUAAUAACCCUCUAUAUUUGCUGUGAGGAUUCUAAAAUGCAUUGACUGGUCUGUUAGGUUGAUUUAUACUUCUCUAGGCACAUGUGGUGAUACUGAAACAGUGAUCUGCUGUAAUUGUGUUGACUUGGCAUAACCCCUUCUUAUAAUAUUAUUCUCUCAUGUAGCAUAUUUCCCUACAGGAAAUGGCUAUAUUUUUUCUUUUAAUUUUGAAAAGAAUAAAAAAGGAAACUGCAAGGAACAAUGCAACCAUCAUCCAAGACCCCCCUGCCUAAAUUUAAUUAGCGUUAACAUUUUAGAAUUUUGGCCCCAGAUUUACAUAAAUAUUUGUAUAAUAAAAUCUCAUCCAUAUGCAAAAUGAAGUCACUCCAGAGUCUUGUUUCUCUCUUUUCUUUUCUAGAAACAAUAACUAGAUGUUUUGGUUUGUAAGAACCAUAUCAGACUUACUAAAAUGCAGAUAGACUAAUAUAACAAAUCCUUUUCUUUUUAAGUUUAUUUAUUUAUUUUGAGAGAGUGUGUGGGGGAGGGGCAGAGAGAGAGGGAGGGAGAGAGAGAAUCCCAAGCUGAGUUGAGAGCGAGCUGAGAGCGUGGAGCCCGGCGCGGGGCUCAAUCCCAUGAACCACUCAGAUCAUGACCUGAGCCAAAAUCCAGAGUCAGAUGCUUAACGCACUGGGCCACCCAGGCGCUCCUACUACAAACACUUUUGUAGUCAUAAUUAAAUUUAAGACAUAAAAUACUGCCAGUUAAAGCCCCUAUGUACACCUCCCUAACCCCAUCCCUCCCCUCUUCCACCAGAGGUGAUCACUUAUGCCAAGACAGGUGUCUAUCACUUCCAUGAAGAUUUUUGUUUAUAUGGCUACUCCACACACAUAAUCUCUAAGCAAGAUAAAGUGGGCUUUAAAUAAAUGUUUUACAUAUGACAUAUGUACACAUUACAUAU